AUGACAUUCUUUCUUCCUGUGGUGAUGCUGUGGCUGUUUUCUGGUGCUUCAGCUAGAGUUGUUCAGACUUUUGAGAAUCAAUGUGAUGUUUUUUUUGCAGACAAACAACCUCCAAUUAUCACCCCGACACCUGCUUUCCAAAAGAUCUGCCAAACGCUAAAUGAUGUUGUUUAUUAUGCCACGCUUUAUGAUACCAGCAACAAGAUUCCUGUGUACUCAGCCUAUAAGUUUGAAGGGUUAAUAAAGUGUGAACGGCAAAGUGCAUGGUACAUCGAACCUCAGCUUGAUGAUAAUAUAGUAAAACCAAAUAUGGCAUCACAGUGCACUCCAGCUGUUACAUGUGGACACAAACAGGCUCUCAAUGAAGACUAUGUCAACUCUGGCUAUGACAAAGGCCAUCUUGCACCGGUCUACCAGGCAAGCUCACAGCAGUGUGCUUACACCACGUUCACACUCACCAAUGCUGCUCCACAAAACCUAUCAUUUAACAGAGGCCAAUGGAAAAAGACUGAAAAAGAUAUUGCAGUCCAUCUGAACAAUAUUUGUAAACCAUACACUAAGUAUAUUGUUACUGGUGUGGUACCAGGAAAUAUAAAAAUAGGGAAUAAUGUGAAUGUGCCGAGUCAUUUCUGGACUGCGUACUGCUGCUUAGACAACAAUAACAAAUGUCAAGAAUCACAAGGUUAUAUUGGUGAAAACAAGAAUGAUCCUGUCAAGCAAAUGAAUGUGUCUGAUUUAGAAGAACAACCAGCUGGCCUCAUCCCCUCCUGCCCCUGGCUGUCUGACAUCAUCCGUGAACAAUGGAGUACACUCAGGACUGCUGAAAGGAAAUGCCGCAAGACCAAGAAUCCUCCUGUAUUACCACAGUUAAAACGUCUUUCUUUACCACCAAGGAGGAUGACGUUAGCAUAUGAUAGUGAAGGGAGCUAUGUCAGUCACAUGCUAAAUGGAACAUUCAAAGCCUGUGUUAAUAAAGAGGAUCCAGAUGUUACUGAAGCGGGGACUUUCAAGGUUUCUGGAGGAAGGGUGCCGGCUGAUCAGAGAGAUGAAGGAAGCAUGGGGCCCUUGUGGGGGCGGUCGCUGAGGCGAUACCUGCUUCUAGAUGAGUUCAGACUGCUGUGGAAGAGUUUAGAUGGAGGCGAGGGCCCUUGUUGGGCGGUCGCUGCUGCGAUGUCAGCCUCUAAGUGA